GUUUGUUUUUCUUUUGAAAAAGCAUUUCCGGAAAGUAGUAAUUUGAUCUCGUCAUGCUGCAACGCUGUCUGCUACCUGCGACGGCAAAACAUGGAAGCCUUGUUGAAAAAGGAGCUCGCAACUUCCACGCUGAAAGCCACUGGCCACUCGGGAGGGGGAUGUAUCAGCGAAGGGCAGAGCUACUGUACUGACAACGGAAUGGUGUUUGUGAAGAUAAACCAUAAGAGUCAGGCAAGGCUGAUGUUCGAUGGCGAAAUGGCCAGCCUGGAAGCCAUCUUACAGACUGCCACUGUGAAGGUGCCGAAACCAGUGAAGGUGCUAGACAUGGAGCGCGGGGGUGCAGUGUUCGUCAUGGAGCACCUUGAUAUGGGGAGCCUGAACAGGCACUCUGCAAAGUUGGGCGAGCAGCUGGCUGACUUACACUUCCACAACCAGAGACUGAGAGAGAGACAGGACAGGGAACGGCAGACCAUCGGCAGAGGAGCAGGCCAGUCUGAUGCGACCUUCAUCGACAAGUUUGGGUUCCACACCGUAACCUGCUGUGGUUACCUGCCACAGGUAAACGAUUGGCAGAGCGACUGGGUGUCGUUCUACUGUCAGCAAAGACUUCAGCACCAGCUUAGCUUGGUGGAGAAGACGUGCGGGGACCGGGAGGCCCGAGAGCUGUGGUCUCGACUCCAGCUGAAGAUCCCGCAGCUCUUCACAGGUUUAGAGGUUGUCCCAGCCCUGCUGCACGGUGACCUAUGGGGGGGCAACGUGGCAGAGUGUGCGGAUGGCCCCGUCAUAUUUGACCCCGCCUCCUUUUACGGCCACGCGGAGUUCGAGUUGGCCAUUGCCGGCAUGUUCGGUGGCUUCAGCAGCUCCUUCUACUCCGCCUACCACAAGAAGAUACCCAAGGCACCCGGGUUCGAGAACAGGCACCAGCUCUACCAGCUUUUCCAUUACCUUAACCAUUGGAACCACUUUGGUGGUGGCUACAAGGGCUCAUCCCUGCGCAUCAUGAAAGACCUUGCAAAGUAACCCAUUCAUCUGCCUGAAAGACCCCACCUCUCAUCCAGCAUUUUUCGAGCUGAACGCAAAGCUUUUGAAAUUCCACUGUGCUGUUUAUUUUCAGGUGUGUGAUAAUUGCAUGACAGUCAUUGAUUCUAUUACUCACACCGAAUACAAGUGGAAAACUGAAAGCAAUGUUCUGGACAAACUGUCUGCAGGAACACACUGUAACAGCCCACUUUCUGUUUUGAGAGAAGGACUAUUCAAUUAAUGCAGUAUAAUUUUCAGGUAUUAUAUAACUGCAAAGUGUCUGUACUGAGAUAUUAAUACCCAUUUGUACUGAUUAUAUAACUGUUUUGACAAUGUAUGGCAUCCAGUUAGUACUGCACUUAAUUAAUUUACUGGAUGCCUUACCAUUGGCCCAGCAAAAGUCAAUGUAUUUUACCUUAACAUGAGCUGUAAUAGUCCUUUGAAGAGUACAGCUAGAAUUAGAAUCAGGUCCCUAGUGUUCCUGCGUUUAAGUCUUCUACACUGAGGUCCAGACUGCUUAUCUACUUAACAAAAAGAAAUUCUAGCACAUGCUAAUGAUUAUGUAAAAAGGUUUACAAUAGGACUCACCCUAAGACUUUGUACUGCGAGUUGUUGGGGUGGUCAGGUCGAUGGAUGGUUUCAAUAGAAUAAUAUUUUAUCUGGCUGUUCGCAGAGUGCUAAAAAACAAGUCUUAGAAGCUAAAAUUAAGUGUGGAAUAAUAAAAUAACAUUUAUCGUUCCACAAAGCAUUAAGUAGCAUUUAAAAUGAACUUAUAACAAA